AUGCUCUUCGGCUCCCUGGUGAUGGCGGGAGCUCCCCUUGGGCUCCCUGGCAUCCUUGCAACAACAGGUGUUGGUGCCGGUCUUGUUUCCGGGCCAAAGAAGUUGCGGCCAGUCUUGUGUGGCGUGGUACUUCUCUUGGCUGCUAGAGCAAAGAAAGCUCGUGCUGUUGGCGCUGCAGCAGUGGCAUCGUUCUUGACGUGGCUGGUGACGCGAUCAGGCAAGAUUCCCCGGUUCCCCUGGCUCUUCGACUUUGUCAAUAAGUGGGCCAAGGACUAUUAUUCCUUCACAGCUUUGCGUGGUGCGCUGGACGACAUUCGUCCCAACAAGAGCUUCCUGGGCUUCCACCCUCACGGCUGCCUUUGUGCGGGCUUCACGAUCAACUGUUGCUACAAUGCGGACUUCAUUCGUGCCUGCACACGUAUCUUCUUUCUUUGUGAUCCUGCUCUAAGGUAUAAGAACCCUGGAUUUCAGCUGAUGAGCGAGGCAUAUGAAGCAGAUGAUCGUGCCAUUGAAGCGUGCGAUGCAGAAGGCUUCAAGACCCACAUGGCCACAGGUGUGAAUGUUGCCUUCAUUCCUGGUGGUUUCAUGGACGCAGUCGCCUUUGAGUUCGGAAAGGAUGUUUGUGUCCUCUCGAGCAAGAAGGGCUUCAUCAAGUAUUGCCUGCAGUUCGGCUACAGAACCCAUCCGGUUUACACCUUCGGGGAGUGCGAGACGUACUACACCUUCAAAGGACUCAAAUCCUUGCGCAUGAAGGUGGCCGCGCAAAAUGUGCCUGCACUUGCCUUCUUUGGUUGGCCGCUUGUGCCUUUCCUCCCUCGACCCCAGUCGAAAAUCAUCACUUACGUUGGUCCUGGCAUUGAUAUUCCGCACAUUCCAUCGCCGACUCAGGAAGAUGUGGAUCACUGGCACAAGGUCUAUGUUGAAGGGCUGCAGAAGCUUUUUGAUGACAACAAGGCGGAUGCAGGCUAUCCUGAUUCACAUCUGGAAAUUUUAUAA